GCAAGACUUGUAUAAAAACAGUAACAAAUUCAGGAUAAAUCAUUCGCAGUUCACUGUGCAACAAAAACUAACGUAUCGAAAUGGCAGCUAAGUUCGUCGUUGUUGCUUUGAUGGUGGCGGCCGCCCGUGCCAGCGGCGUGCAAGACUACACCAGCUUCUCUUAUGGUGUAUCCGACCCGCAUACCGGAGACGUCAAAAGCCAACACGAGACCCGUGUCGGUGACAGCGUGGUUGGACAGUAUUCCCUCCUCGACUCUGACGGCACAAAGCGCACCGUCGACUACGCCGCUGACGCUCACUCUGGAUUCAACGCCGUCGUCAGGAAAGACCCCGCCCUCAUCGCCCAUGCCGCACCCGUUGUUGCCCCCAUCGCUCCCGUCGUUGCCCCCGUUGCUCCCGUAGCUUACUCCAGCGCUCUCGCUCAUGGAGGUAUUGCCGCUCCUCUAGCCUACUCCGCCCCUCUAGGCUACUCCUCCCCUCUUGCCCAUGGUGCUAUCGCCUCUCCCCUUGUCCGUAGCGUUAUUGCCUCUCCCUUAGCCCAUGGUGGUAUCGCUGCUCCCCUCGGAGCUAUCGCCUAUGGCGCUGGACAUGGUCUUUAUGGCUCUCAUUUGGGUUACUAAACUGUAUUAGCAAACUAAAUAUAUAUGUGUAAAUAGAAUAAAUUAUGACCGUGUCAUACCUGAGCGAACUGCUGUGAUUAUGUACAAAAAAUUAAAUACUUUUUGUAAUUUAA